GAGCGAAUACUUUCAAUUUAUUAGUUAAGAUGGCGGUAUAUAUGACAAUUCCAUUGGAAAACCGCAAAGGGAGAUGCACCCACAGGGUCUAGACUAUAACUGCUCGACGAGAAAUAGACUAAUCGUGCCGAGCUGUGUCGAUACCUUCGUUCUACAUGUAUGAGGAUAUACCGUAAUUGUUUGAUUAGUCGCGUAGAUAUACAUAACCAGGAAGCUAUAGCCGUAUCUUUAGCAGAGGCCGCUAGUAGACUUACCUCCUCGGUUGGAGCAAAAGGUACCGUUGUGAUCCACCGUGUGGGUAUAUCAAUUGGACUAACUAUAGAGAUCAAUCCUAGCUUCAUAUAUGUUAUAGAUCCAGGUUCUCAACAGGUCGUAUACCAACAAGUUCCAGACAAGUAAACUGAGGGUGUAGUGGCCUACCAACGGAACCAUGAAAAAAAAAGAAGCUGGCGGCGUAAGACCCAAGUAUCAAGCAGAAACUGAAUUGGAAUCUCAGAGAAGCAAA